ACACACACAGAUAAACUUUAGGUUGAAUUUUAACUCAGUCACCAUUCACUCCCAUUGCAUCUUAUGCCAUUUAAUGAAAGUGAAUAGAGACUGGGGCUGUCAUCAUAUUCCGCAUUUCACAGCAGAAAGAAACUCAUACAGGUUUCGAACAACACGGGGGCGAGUCAAUAAUGACGACAUUUUAAUUUUUGUACUAUCCUUCUGAAAUAGGCGCGCUCGCGCCACCCAGGUGCUUCCUGGUGUUUUAUUGCAGGAUCACAGGCAGGGGAACCGAAACGGUCGGCAGCGCGUCCAGGAAGCGUCGCCGACAGAUAGAGAAAUGCAACAAUAUCCGCGACUCUCUGUCAGGUUGCCGCGAAACUAGAAGGUUCGCAGGCAGCGCGCGACGGUGUUUUGUUUUCCCGCCGUCGGCGCGAGCAGCUGCUGACGCGAUGCUUUAGCCAUGGACAGCAGGAUAAACGAGAAUCCUGCGAGAACUUUUGAUUUGGCUCUUCAGGUUGCAUGUCCAUCGUCUGAAAAUGAAGAUCCGACAGUGCUGUGGAAGUUCCCUCAGGACUUUGGAGACCAGGAGGUCCUGCAGACAGUGCCUAAGUUCUGCUUCCCAUUUGAUGUUGAAAGGGUGUGCCAGACUCAGGUGGGCCAGAACUUCACAUUUGUGCUCACAGACAUUGAGAGCAAGCAGAGGUUUGGGUUCUGUCGGCUCACGUCCGGCUGCAGGGUCUGCAUCUGUUUGCUCAGCUAUCUCCCCUGGUUUGAGAUUUAUUAUAAGCUGCUAAAUACCCUUGCAGACUACUUGUCAAAACACCAGGAAGAUGACUUAAACGACAUGUUGGAAACGCUGCACAACCACCCCUUGCCAAAGCCGUAUACGGCAGUCAAUCUGAGUGUGCAUUCAUACUUCAUAGCUCCUGAUAUUAAUGGGCUCCCCACCAUACCUGAAAAUAGAAAUUUAACUGAGUACUUUGUCGCAGUGGAUGUGAACAACAUGUUGCACCUCUACGCCAGCAUGCUGCAUGAGCGACGCAUCAUCAUUACCUCAAGCAAGCUUAGCACUUUAACUGCAUGCGUGCAUGGGUCCACUGCCAUGCUCUACCCUAUGCACUGGCAACACAUCUUCAUCCCUGUACUUCCUCCUCACCUGCUGGAUUACUGCUGUGCGCCCAUGCCAUAUCUGGUCGGAGUUCAUCUCAGCCUUUUAGAGAGAGUAAAGAGCAGAUCCCUGGAGGAUGUGGUCAUUCUGAACGUGGACACAAACACCCUGGAAAGCCCUGCAGAUGACCUCCACAACCUGCCCAGUGAUGUGGUCUCCAGUCUGAAGAGUAAGCUGAAGAAGCAGUCGACUGCUACAGGAAGUGGGGUUGCUCGGGCCUUUCUGCAUGCUCAGGCUGCGCUGUUUGGCUCCUAUCGGGACGCCCUGAUCUUUGUGCCUGGAGAGCCAAUCACCUUCUGCGAGAAGAGCUUCGUGGCACACCGCUCCAGCACCAUGAGAAGUUUCCUUGAGAUGGCCGUGAACCUGCAACUCUUCAAACAGUUUAUUGAAGGCAGACUGGCCAAAUUAAACGCAGGAAGGGGCUUUACAGACGUCUAUGAAGAGGAGAUCACAGCGGGGGGCUUCUGUAGAAGUAAUUCGAGGUCUUACCAGCAGUGGAUUCACACCAAGAUGCGGCAGAGAGCAAAGCCAGUUGUGAAAAACCUUCAGAUGGCCAAAAAUCAUGCGAAACGGAAAAUACGCGACAUGAAGGACAAGAUUACACAAAAGGACGCUGAAGAGGAGGAGAAAGCUCCGUACUGUGUAUGGUUCUCCCCACUCAGCACCAAAGCCUCACCUAAGAGACUUCAGAGGAAAGCGGCAACACUGCCCCCUCCCACAUGGCUUUUUCCCACAAGGCCUGAAGUUAGUCAGACGGGCCAGAUGAACCUGCUGGAGGAGAUUUUGGAUUCUCUCAGUACAUCCCACAUUGAACAAGGGCGACUGUCCACCGCCAAGAGCCUGGACUUUUUCAGAUCAAUUGAAGACCUAGACUACAAUCCCACGGUGAGGGAUGCCUUUUAUUUAAGUAUUUUAAAUUUGUAUUUAUUUAUUUAUAAUUGGUAUAUGACAGCUUACGUGUAUCUAGCAACAUGCUUACUGGAAGAGACUCUGAGUCCAUGGUGUCGCAUGAGCAUGGCCCUCAAAAGCAACCAGGAGCUCACAAUCCGAAACAACACCAGCCUGGACAAAUCCUGAGAAAACGGCACAACACUCAUGUCUAACUUUUCUCUUUUCGUAUUCACGCCAUCCUCUGAUGUCACACCAGCACUCUUUGCAUGAAGUGUUUGCAAAGGUGUUUUGUAGUUAAUGUGUAAUCUGUGGUCCUCGUAUUUCUUACAUUCGGUCCAAAACAAACCA